CGCGAGGGCGUGUUGUUUGAAACGCGGGAAUUGGCGGUAUUGAUGUUAAGUUGUGUCAUGAUUUUCGGUCGCCUGUAUUUUUACGUAUCAAAUAAACGAUUUUAAUGUUUCUGAUCGCUGUUUUGCAACUAAAAGUACUCUCGCCACACAUCUCUAGUUUUAAAUAGAUUUGGAGUGGAAGUGUCCCCGGAAAAGGGGGAGUUUGACAUGGAGUCCUUUCAGAAAGUGGAGAAGAUUGGAGAGGGAACAUACGGGGUGGUUUAUAAAGCCAAGAAUAAAAUCACCGGAGAGACCGUUGCUCUGAAGAAAAUACGAUUAGACACGGAGACUGAAGGUGUUCCCAGCACUGCCAUACGUGAGAUCUCUCUGCUUAAAGAGCUCAAUCACCCAAACAUAGUCAAGUUGCGUGAUGUGAUACACACAGAAAAUAAGCUUUAUUUGGUGUUUGAAUUUCUUCACCAAGACCUGAAGAGGUUUAUGGACUCGUCCUCUGUUUCUGGCAUUUCCUUGCCACUCGUGAAGAGUUACCUGUUCCAGUUGCUCCAGGGACUGGCCUUCUGUCAUUCCCAUCGGGUUCUUCACAGGGAUCUCAAACCCCAGAAUCUCCUGAUCAACGCUCAGGGCGAGAUCAAACUGGCGGACUUUGGUUUGGCCAGAGCGUUUGGUGUACCUGUGCGGACUUAUACACAUGAGGUUGUAACUUUGUGGUACAGAGCUCCAGAGAUUCUCCUGGGAUGUAAAUAUUAUUCUACAGCUGUCGACAUCUGGAGUUUGGGCUGCAUCUUUGCUGAAAUGAUUACUCGGAGGGCAUUGUUCCCUGGAGAUUCUGAAAUAGACCAGCUCUUCCGAAUAUUUCGAACUCUGGGCACUCCGGAUGAGUCUAUAUGGCCUGGAGUCACUUCAAUGCCAGACUACAAACCCUCCUUUCCCAAGUGGGCCCGACAGGACCUGUCUAAAGUGGUGCCUCCUCUGGAUGAAGACGGCCGAGACCUUCUAGGGCAAAUGAUGAUCUAUGAUCCUAACAAGAGGAUCUCAGCGAAGAACGCCCUUGUUCAUCGGUUCUUCCGUGAUGUCACCAUGCCAGUGCCGCCCUUACGCCUCUGAACCAGUACUUCAGCACCACUGGACUGAGUGUUGGGUCAGCUUCUUCUGAGAACUAUUUCCCAGCUGUUCGGAAAUUGUUCUGUUUUAUAAUCCAUGAUCAGUUGUACCUUUUCUCAAAUCAUUCUGGUUUAUUUUAAUCUGAAGUUUAUCCACUGCAACCUUUGCAUUCCACUGGAAGACUGUUGUGCUAAUAGUAAGCAUUCCAUUAAAAUGACCUGGAAGAUUUGUAGAUUUGCAUAGACGAGAUGUGGUGUUUCCUCAUAUGCUCGUAGUUUGGAGAUGACAUUCCAAGGUUUUGCCAGUGUGGAAUUGUAUUAUUCAUAUAUGCCAUAAGUACAUAUCACACUGAAUGCUCUGUACCAGCCUUAGACCAAAUGAAACAGUUUAGACUGCCAAUAUCUCUCUUUUUUUUUUUUUUUAGAUAAUAUAUUAUUCUAAUAAUUAUUUUAAACCUGAUUUGUUUUGAUAGUUUCAUAAAACAGUACUCUCUGCAACUUCAAUUAAACUUGUAUUACUUUUUAUUUA